AUAACUUGGCUCCGAUUGGCCAGUGCUAGACAUGUGACGUCCUUGGGCAGAGUUUGGUCUUGCGUAGUUUCUGAAAACUGUUACUUUGUUGCGCUGGUAAGGAACCUCUCCAACAGUCCUAGACAUGUUCCUGUACCUCCUUGGGCUGGUGGUGUUUUACUACCUGUACCGCUGGUUCCGGGAGAUCCCCAGAGUCCCAGACAAAGGAGACAAAUAUGUCUACAUCACAGGGUGUGACUCAGGUUUCGGCAACCUACUGGCCAGACAUCUGGACAAGCUGGGUUUCUGUGUGAUCGCAUCCUGCUUCACAGAGAAGGGAGAGGAAGAUCUGAGGAAGGCCUGUUCAGACAGAUUCACCACCCUCCACCUGGAUGUCAAAAAGAACGAGAGCGUCGACAAAGCAGCUGCUUUGAUUAAAGACAAAGUUGGGGCUAGGGGCCUGUGGGCUGUGGUGAACAACGCAGGUGUGGCCAUCCCCUCGGCCCCCUGUGAUUGGCUGACCAUUGAUGACUACAAGUCCAUGCUGGACGUGAACCUGAACGGGGUCAUCGCAGUCACCCUGAGUGUGCUGCCCCUCAUCAAGAAGGCCAGGGGUCGUGUGGUCAACGUAGCCAGUGUGUUCGGCAGGAUCAGUCCAGUCGGAGGACCUUACACCGUGUCUAAGUAUGGAGUGGAGGCCUUCAAUGACAGUCUCAGGAGAAACAUGGUACCUUUCGGAGUCAAAGUCCUCUGCAUUGAGCCAGGCUUUUUCAAGACCACCGUGACUGACUCGAUAGUCCUGGGGAAAAGCAUCAAGCAGCUGUGGGAGAAGAUGCCACAAGAAGUCAGAGAUGAUUAUGGACCUGAUUAUUUGGACAAGGUGGACGUGAUGAUGAGGGAGAAGCUUGCCAAGAUGUCUGACGCUGACCUGAUGAAGGUGGUGAGCUGUAUGGAGCACGCUAUCUCUGCAGUCCGUCCUCGCACCCGCUACUCACCAGGGUGGGACGCCAAGCUCUUCUGGAUCCCUAUGUCCUACAUGCCAACCGGGUUUGCCGACUGGCUACUGCUCAAGGAAGCCAUCCUACCAGCCAAGGCUGUCAACUAAGGCUGACGCAAGAUUGUCAGUGUUUAUGCUGUCAGAACAAAUACUUGAUUGUGCUGUGCUACUGAUUGUCUUUAAUGAAUAUAACACUUUUGUACCCUACGGUCUGCAGGCCGAAAUACAGUAUGAUGUAAGCUUAGCUAGAGACAUUGUUUAACCUCUGACCCGUAACAAAAAAUAAAAGCCAUAAUUGCUAUUUGG